AUGGAUGUCAACAAAGAUUUGAGUUACUCGUUUGCCUUGAGUCGCCAAUGUUUGCGGAUACUAGGCACCUGGCCCGAUCCACAUAUUUCUUUGAACAAUUUUCAUCGAAACUUGAGAUUCAUGAUUGUUGUGUGUAUUCUAAGCUUUUACGUGUUCCUGCCGCAAAUAAUAAAUACGAUUCGUGCUUGGGGUAACGUGACUGUAAUGGUGGAACAAGUCGCCUCCGCGAAUCUCACUUUGUUGGCUUUCUGCAAAUUGGUUGUGACACGAUAUCACGGUGAAACGCUUCAAUCACUGAUGUCAUCGGUUACAACUGACUGGGCUACCACGAAGAGCAAAUGGGAACGGGCUGCGAUGCUAAAGAUCGCGAGGCGUGGAAGAAGCCUGUCCUUCAAAUGUUACGUGAGCGCUACGUGCACGAUUACAUUUUACGCAUGUUUUCACCUCUUGAUAUUCUUUCGGAACAUUCAUCAGCCGCAACGGAGACUCCUCUACCAAAUCACCUAUCCCUUUAGCAUCCAGAAGAGUCCGAACUAUGAGAUCACCUAUUUCAUUCAACUCGCUGGUGGCAUAUACGCUGUCUUCACGAACUGCGCCGUCGACAGCUUCGUCUCGAUACUGCUGUUGCACGUAUGUGCACAGCUAAUAAAUCUACGCAUGACGCUUAACAAGCUGGUUGAGAAACUGGCCAACAAAUCCAUACUAUCCUCCGAGUUCAAGAAGCGUCUGGCAGCAAUCGUUAUACGACACGCGGAUCUCAUCAGGUAUGUGAAGACAAUCGACAACUGUUGCAGUGCGGUGUUAUUUAUACACAUGAUGGCCGCUACUUUUCAGCUGUGUUUCGAAACAUUUCAAAUUUUCACGAACAUAGUCGACAACAACUCAGAGAUAUCUGUUAUUAAAAUGGUUGCCCUUCUGUUUUAUGUCUCAUUGGUGUUGACGCCUAUGUACACUUAUUGCUAUUCAGCUGAAAGACUUUUAGCAGAGAGUACCGGAAUGGCGUACGGCGUAUACGAAUGCCAAUGGUACGAUCUACCAUCAAAGGAUGCGAAGGAAUUGAUGUUUAUCGUGUAUCGAUCUACGAUUCCUCUUAAAUUGACAGCUGGAAAAUUCGCAACCUUCUCAUUGGAGUUAUUUGGGACGGUGAGAUGUGUCAGGGAAAAAAAGAUUGUAUAA